UAGUCGAAAUCAAGUAGACACCAAUUGACAAUAUGCUCAAAAUCGCCGUACUCGCUGUGGUCCUGGCCCUGGCCAGCGCCGAGCUCCAUCGCGUUCCCAUCCUGAAGCACGAGAACUUCGUGAAGACCCGUGAGAAUGUGAAGGCAGAGAAGGCCUAUCUGCGUGGCAAAUACAAUAUGCCAUCCGCUCGCGAUGCCGACGAGGAACUCUCCAACUCGAUCAACAUGGCCUACUACGGUGCCAUCACCAUUGGCACACCUCCGCAGAGCUUCAAGGUGCUGUUCGAUUCGGGAUCCUCCAAUCUAUGGGUGCCCUCGAGCCGUUGCUUUUUCCUCGAUAUCGCCUGCCAGAAUCACAACAAGUACGAUCAUGACAAGUCCUCCACGUAUGUGGCCAAUGGCGAGAGCUUCUCCAUCCAGUACGGCUCGGGUAGCCUCUCUGGUUUCCUGUCCACCGAUGACGUUGAUGUCAGCGGUCUGACGAUCAAGAGCCAGACCUUUGCUGAGGCUACCAACGAGCCUGGCACUAGCUUCAACAAUGCCAAAUUCGACGGUAUCCUGGGCAUGGCCUACCAGUCAAUUUCCAGUGAUAAUGUUGUGCCACCCUUCUACAACAUGGUCUCCCAGGGUCUGGUUGACGACUCUGUCUUUUCAUUCUAUCUUGCCCGUGAUGGUACCUCCACCACCGAUGGCGGUGAGCUGAUCUUUGGCGGCUCCGAUCCAGCUAAGUACACUGGCGAUCUGUCCUACGUGCCCAUCUCUGAACAGGGCUACUGGCAAUUUGCUGUGGAUAGUGCCACCAUUGAUGGCCAGACCUUGGGCGAGAGUUUCCAGGCUAUCGCCGAUACCGGCACCUCCCUCUUGGUUGUCAGCAGUGAUGCCUACGACAUCCUGAACAAUCUGCUGAAUGUUGAUGAGGAUGGUCUCGUCGAUUGCUCCACCGUUGACUCAAUGCCUGUGCUCACCUUCACCAUUGGUGGCAAGCAGUACCCCUUGGAGCCAGCUCAAUACAUCAUUCAGUCGGAUGGUGAGUGCCAGUCGGGCUUCGAGUAUAUGGGAACCGAUUUCUGGAUCUUGGGCGAUGUCUUCAUUGGACAGUACUACACCGAGUUCGAUUUGGGCAACAACCGCAUUGGCUUUGCUCCAGUUGCUUAAAUUUUCAAAUAAACGAAUUCCUUGAACGCAUUGA